UUCAGUGUUGUUGCGCGGCGCCGAGGAGACGCUCCUGUGAUUAUGACUGAGAAUAAUGGAGAAAAAUGGAAACGCCGCGGACUGAGAUUACCGAGGACACCUACGGAGCUUCGGACUGGACGUAAGAGCCCCGCUGCGUUCUAAAUCCCGCCGCACAUGUGGGAAUUUUCUGGAGAAUUUGCGACGCAUUGAAGUUACGGGAAUCUUUGUCAUCUAAAGAAAGACGAGGCGGCCUGAAAUUACACGAACGUCCGUUGAAGUUGAGCUAGCCGAGUUAGCAUUUAGCUCGCCGUGAAUUAGUGUCACUCCUUUUUUUCUCUCUGUUCACCGGGAAGUCAUCUCACAAAGCGUAACGUUUUGUCAGUAUAUCAGUGACAGUGUCUUUGAAUAUUUUCUUGUGUUUGUUCAGCGGCAGUGAGAAGAGCUAAGCUAGCUUGUUAGCUCCCCGGCAGUGCUAGCUUGUUGUUCCCCUGCUAACUUAGCAAGAAAGCUGCUUUUAAAUGGGAACAAAAACACUCCUGGUUUUUGUUAGCUUACUAUAAAGCUCGCGUCCUCAGAUAUAUUUGCUUUUAAAUUUUUGCACAGUGUCAGCCGCAGCUUAGGUCGGUAUAAUUAUCAUUCCAGAGAAUAAGCAUAUUUUCCUGCUUACAUAGCUUUUGCCUCACAGGCUUCAGUUACACUUUGAUUUUCUGUGAUUUUAAUCUGUAUUAACUAAUAUCCUCCUCAAGAUAAGGAAUUUUUUGGGAGGCAGAAAGAAUUUCCUCUAGGAUAUGUUUGUUUUUUAGCAGUUUGCAUUGGGUAAAAGUUUAUUGUUUCCAGUGAACAUCACCUUUGACCAAACUGUAUUCUCUCUUAUCUUAAACUUCAGCAAUCAGCAUGAUUCUCCUCUUUACAUCGAUAUACAUUUAGUUAUCUGAGCUUUUAAUCUCCCUUUGAUGAGGAUUUUUUGGUCUUGGUUGCAUGUUUUUAUAGCAGUUUUUCCCCCCUCUUUGAGCUCCACCUUUAACCAAACUAUAAUUUCUCUUAUCUUUGACUUCAGCAAUAAGAAUGUUGUGCUUUCCAGAACCACAUUUUUGGCAGCCGGCUUGUUUUUCGUGCAGGACAUUCCUCUGAGACUGCAGACUUUAUUUUUAAGUCUGAAAAUUACCUACCUACGCUCAGUCCAGAAGAAGCAAAACAAAGACUUUUAGCGCCUCCGCUCUGCAAGUUCAUGGCCUAACAGACUUUUAGUUUGGGCUCAAGCAAGAAGGAGAACGUACACGAGGGUCCCGUCCACGUUUUCAGCCACUCGUCCUUCAGCCUCGCAGAUGUGAGUGGCCAUGGGCAGCCAGGGCAGCCCAGUGAAAAGCUACGACUACCUGCUCAAGUUCCUCCUGGUCGGAGACAGCGACGUGGGCAAAGGGGAGAUCCUGGACAGCCUGCAGGAUGGAUCUGCAGAGUCGCCGUACGCUUACAGUAGUGGUAUCGACUAUAAAACCACCACGAUUCUUCUGGACGGCAGGAGAGUGAAGCUCGAGCUCUGGGACACUUCAGGACAAGGGAGGUUCUGCACCAUAUUUCGCUCGUAUUCCCGCGGAGCUCAGGGGAUCCUGCUGGUUUACGACAUCACUAAUCGGUGGUCCUUCGACGGCAUCGACAGGUGGAUCCGAGAGAUCGAUGAGCAUGCCCCAGGUGUUCCUCGGAUCCUCGUCGGGAACCGCCUCCACCUGGCCUUCAAGCGGCAGGUUCCCACAGAGCAGGCGAGGGCGUACGCCGAGAAGAACGGCAUGACCUUCUUUGAGGUGAGCCCGCUGUGCAACUUCAACGUCAUCGAGUCCUUCACGGAGCUGUCGCGCAUCGUCCUGAUGAGGCACGGCAUGGAGAAGUUCUGGAAGCCCAACAGAGUGUUCAGCCUCCAGGACCUCUGCUGCCGAGCCAUCGUGUCGUGCACGCCGGUCCACCUCAUCGACAAGCUGCCGCUGCCUGUCGCCAUCAAGUCCCACCUCAAGUCCUUCUCCAUGGCCAACGGCAUGAACGCCGUCAUGAUGCACGGACGCUCCUACUCGCUGGCCAACCCGGCCGGCGGCUCCAAGGGCAACAGCCUGAAGCGCUCCAAGUCCAUCCGUCCGCCGCAGAGUCCGCCGCAGAACUGCACCCGCAACAACUGCAAGAUCUCCUAACUGCCGGCGGCGGUCAUGAGAUCAGGACACUGGCUGGAGGGGAUCCCUGAACCUGAAGAGCUGAAGAGCGGGAAUGAUGGAUGAAGGGACGGACGCCUUCACGGGUGAAACAGAACUUUCCAGGUGAGGAGGCUCGAACGGCGCCGCAGGAUGUCGGAGAACCGAAACUCUCUGAGCUGAUCCUCACUACACGCUUCUGCUAGAAACACUCGAGCCACCGGAGCGUCAACUACAUGUACAGAAACCUUUCACCACGUUUAGUUACUCUACAUACGUGAUGCACGACGCCCGCCGUGUCACCUCAAACUCUCACUCUUCUUUCUUUCUUCUGUCUCUCCUCUGGUUUUUUUUCUUCUCCGUUUAUUUGCUGACCAAUAAGCUAACGAACAAAAACACUAGUAACCAGUCGGCCGGCGGUUUUAUUCCACCUUGAAGUUACCAGAGAUGCUGCUGAGUCCAGGUCCAGUCUUGUCCGCAUACCUUGAGUCCAAGUCUGAACUUUUCUUUCUUCCUUUUAAAGCGUUACAGCAUCCGACACGCUGCAUUUUUAAUGAGGAGAGUUCUCUUUUGAAGCCCAACAGUAACCAUGAAUUACAAAAAUCCAUUUUAUUUGUUGUUGUUCUUCGCUCUGCAGAGCCUCCCGCUUAGACGGGGGAGCCGGCGAUGCUUGUUGCCAUGGAGACCGUGCAAAAAUAGUCAGCCUAUUUAAGGCGCCUCCAUCUUUUAUGAACUUUUUUUUUCUUUUUCUUUUCGGCAAAGUGGAAACAAAACUGACAAAUUCGACCGCAGAGCUGCUCGGAGGCGAAUCAGGAAUCACACGUGGCAGUUUUUCCAAAGAAAAAGCUGCCAGUGUUGAAUGUUUUUCAACAUAACCGUCAGUUAAAACCCAAACUGAGAAUCUGGGAUCUAAAUGUGGCUCACAAAUAUAUAGUUUCAUGGAAAGGUGUUUUCAGCAGCAGAUUCAUCUAUAUUCGGUGCUGUAGUGUGGUAGUUUUUGGCAGCUGUAUUCCUUAAAAUGUGGAUUUAUCCUUCAAAUAGACACGUUUGUUUGGAUAAAUAAGUGAUGCAGCUUCUGGGAUUUGUAGUCCAGAGAUUUUUAUUCUUCUUCUUUCUCAUUUCACCUCCCUGCUGAGCGUUUAGGGAUGCUUUCAGAUUUCACACCUCACCUGUCAAACGCUGCAGAAACAUCUUUUUUUAUCUGUCAAAAUGAGAUGUUUUCCCUCCAGAUUCCCCCACAGUCAUGUGUGCAGCAGCAUCAUGAUAAAAACAAGUGUUAAAAAUCAAUUUAUCCAUCAACAGAAAACCAAUCUUCAUUAAUUUUCCUAAUUUAAUUAAUGUCUCGACCCCAAACAAACAGUUUCUGGGCAUUUUUUUCCCCUGUUUUUGUCACAUUUUUACUCACUGUGGCUCAUUUUUCACUGCAGCAUAAUCACAAUUAAGCAUAAUUUCUUGCAUUAAAUUUAAAUUUUCCAAACCUCAACAGCUUUUACCAACUCUGCAAAUUAAAUCAGAAGCUCCACGUACUUUGAUAUUUAACUGUUUACAUUUUUACAGCCUCUACAAACAUUUUUAACACAGUUUCACCAUGCUGAAUGUGUCUUCCAACAACUAGCACCUCUGUUCACUGUUUCUGAGCUGCAUUUAUUUUAUUGAUCCAGUAACUUUGAUUUUCCUUUCUGCUCUGCCUGCAGUUCAACCUGUAAACUGAAUUUUUGUCACGUGACUGUUGACCGCAGUUAUGGCUUCUUAGUUGCGCAAAAAAACGCUGAAUUUUUAGUUUUUACAGGAUUUUAUUACAGCAAGCUAGUUAUUUUGGGUGAAUUUUUGAAUGAAUUUUUUUUUUAAAUCCCAAUUUUAAGCUUAGAUUUGGUUGAUUUUCCAAACUGAACCACGCAUCACAUAUGAUUAGUUGAAGAAUGUGACAACUUCUUAUGUUUUUAUAGUUUCUUGCCAAUAAAUUCUGUCAUAUUGGCACAUUUUUUUUUAAGGUAACUUGAGUUUUUGGGGUUCAGAACGCGAAACGGAGAAUGUAUUUGCUAGCAUGUCAUCUGCUUUUUUGGCUGUCUUUAUAUUUUAGACUCUUGUAGGUUGUUGAACUGGACAUUUUUAACUUUUUAAUGAGUGAAAAUGAUCGUUAAUAUCAUUAUUUGCAGCCUUAAAGUGAACAUGUAUAGUAGAGAAGCUAAUUGUUCAUGUCAUUAGAGUCUCAGUCGACUACAGAUGCUGAUCCUUAGGACAUGAGGUGAAGAUUUUCAUUUCAUUUUAACCAUUUUGUGCCAAAAAUCACGAACAUAUUCAUCUUCUUCUCGUUCCUGCAGUGUUUUUAUUUUGGUGAAGGUCUGCAGAGUGUCGACAGAAACCAGUCAGAGUAGCUGGACUGGUGUUACAGUGGAAUAUUCCCAGUAUUGAUAGUAAACACUGACCCAUAUUUACCAGUCCUCUCUGAGCGGCUCCACUUCUGCAUGUUUCAGCCUUUUAAUGCAUCAAUACAGAAAGUGUUUCAAAGCUACAGAGGUUUAUUUAUCGCUUUAGGGGCGCAUAAAAUAGAACAUUUCAUGAUUUGUUAUUGUAAAGCUUCAGUAUGUUGAGCUGUGACAGAUUUACAGAGAAUUUAUCAUGAAUUACUUUGAUUUUCGGGUGAUUAUUUGGUAGAUACUCAAGCACAAAUGCUCUUAAGUUUCAUUUUAUGGUUGUAAAUUGAGCAUUUUCUCACAAAAAAGUGAAAAUCUGGAAUGCAAUCGGGAAAAUGUCCAUUCAAAGUGGCUCAUUUUUGUUUUUCCUUUCAGACUGACUGAAAAGAAAAAGUAAAUUUAUGUAAAAAUACAGUUAUAGCUCGCUCCUUUUGCCCUGAUGGGCAGUGUUUUGCUCAGCAGAAGGUGGAGAGUAAAAAGUUCAAUGAAGACAUUUAUCAGAAAUAAGAAAAUUACAGUAUUUGCUAAACAGUUGUGUGGAAACACAAACUUGUCAGGUGACAAAACAGCAUGUGAAACAUCCACAAUUUGCUAAUUUAACUCCGUCAGAAUGAAGUAAAUAUUUGUAACAAGGUGCUAAGACUUUGCGAGUAAUACAACAACUUCACUUGAUGUUUUAUUAAUGUGUUUUUACGCACAUUUUGAAAUACAUCAGUAAAAGAAAAACUAAGCUACAACGCCCCCUUCUGGUGACUUUAAUUUCUCCAAAGCAGUUAAUGGAAACUAUUUUUUUCAACAGUUCAAACAUUUUCUUCAUAUUUGCUUGACAUUUACACAGAAACGUGUGUAGUUAGGCGCCAGAAAAACAGAAUAAAACCCAUAAUUUGAUAAUUAAACUCAUAAAUAUUUACAACAAAGUGCUAAAAUCUUGCGAGUAAAAAAUAUGACGUCUUCCACCUCAUUUGGUGCUUCAGUAAUUUAUUUUUUCGCACAUUUUGAAAACCUGCAACAGAAAUAGUUGUGAAAACAGUAAAAUUCUUCUACUACCGUUUAUUACAGCUAGCGUCACUACAGCGCCUCCUUCUGAUGACUUUAACUUAACUUUUUUUAUAAACAUGUUCUUCGUAUUUGCUUGACAUUUACACUGAAACGUGUCUUGUUAGGUGCCAGAAAAACAGAAUAAAACCCGUAAUUUACAACAUGAUACUAAAAUCUUGUGAGUAAAAAGACAUCACUUAGUGUUUUAAUAAUGUGUUUUUACGCACAUGAACUGUUUAUUACAGCUAACGAAGCUACAGCGCCCCCUUCUGAUGAGUUUAAUUUCUCCAGAGCAGUUAAUGGAAACUAGUUUUGCAAACAUUUCGAACGUUUUAACGAACGUUUCGAAUGUCGUAACAAAAUUACAUGGUGUUUUAAUAAUGUCUUUUUAUGCACAUUUUGAAAUACCGCAUCAGAAAAAGUUCUUCUACUGUUUAUUACAGGUAAUGACACUACAGCGCCCCCUUGUGAUGCGUUUAAUUUCACUUUUUUUUCCAACGUUUCAAACAUUUUCUUCAUAUUUGUUUGACAUUUAUGUGGAAACGCAUCUUGUUUGGUGCCAGAAAAACAGAAUAAAACUUAUAAUUUGCUCAAGUUACUCCGUUGGGGAAAGUAUUUGCAACAGGAAGCUGAAUUUUUUCAGCCAAACAAAGCUAAGUUAACUAUCUGGGUUGAUUUUUUUUUUUUUGAACCCGCAUAAGCGGAAUAGUUCAGUUAACCUCAUUUCAAUCCGUCUCCUGCUGGUUGAAAUUAAUUCAAUGCUACAAAAAUCCUCAUUUCGAUCCCAAAGUGGCCAAAAACAGCAAAUAUGUGGAGUUGAAGGUUGUUUAAAUUUAUGCAAAUUAAAUGAAACCGAAGUAGAUUUUUAUUCGCCAUAGCUCUGCUAUAAAUUGAUGAAAAAUGUUGGAUUUCCUGAGCAGAGAGAAUCUGAUGUGGAUAAACUACUGCAUCAUAAAUGGAGAUAUAUGAGAAGAACACGUUAUUCUGCAUUACAGGAUCAUUUUUCCUGGAUUUAAUCUCGGAGCGCCUUUAGUUUUCAGAUGCAGACUUUAAUUUAAAAACCUAAAAUCCACAUUUCGAUGACUUUAAUUGAAGCUCCACCUUCAAGACUCGUUUAAUUCUGUCGUUUUUGCUGAUUUAUUGUGAUUUUCUUCAACGUAUGUCUUCAUUCAUCAUGAUGGAGACAGAAUCUGUUGGUCUCCAGAUGAAACGAUUCGGUCGGCGUCAGGAGGAAUCGAUUAAAGCGAUCAUGAGCUUCGUGUUUCUCCUUCGCUGUGCUGCGUUCGAGUGCGUCGGGACAAACGGCCGUCACUCGUGCGGAAACGACUUCCGGCACGUGAACUCUUCCGAACGGCUGGAUUUCCCGCGAGACGGAAUGCAGCAUCUUCAGCUGUGAUCCGCCUCCGCUUGCCGUCCCAUGAUUCACAGCUGCUGAAUAAUAGAUGCUCCUCGCUGCUCUUUCAUCCUCCGAGGUUCGUUUCUCCUCCGCCGCUCGAUGCAAACACCUUCAUAAACACCUUCAGCUCCACUUUUCUGUUUGUUUUUGUGUUGCUGGACUCGUUUUUUAUUGAACUUAAACAUGUUCUGACUGAUUUUAGUUCAGAUUUCUGUCACAUUUCUGCACUGAGCCGAACACCACGGUUUUAUCUCAUUUUAACCAAUUUUCUGCAAUUUUCUGCAACAUUUUCUCUCUUUGGAGCAUCUAGCACAAAAAUAUCGUCUGUUUUCUAUCACCGCUUGUUUAAUUUGAAGUAGUUUUACUCAAAUAAAUGAACUCUCAUGGGCCUAAAGACAAAAUUAUUGAGUUAUUUAAUUCAUUCUCUGUCAUUCGAGCCCUUAAAACACAAACAUCUACUAUUUUCUAUCAAUGCUUGUUUAAUUUUACUCAUUUU